CGAGAGUUGGGAAUAAACACCGAUAUUGUGGUAGCCAGUAAUCUUGAAAAUGGGAAAAAAAUCGCAUAAAAAGGAACACAAAAAAAAAAAACAUAGAUCUCCAUCAUCUAGUAGUUCUACAUCAAAUGAUGAUCAAUGGGUUGAGAAGUGCCAGAAAGAUCAAUUGUCAACUUCCACAUCAUUUGCUGCAUCUAAAGAUGAACCUGAUAACUGGAUGGAUUUUGUGUGUAAUACGUCUUCAGAAAUUGAAAAAAAAAUCAGCACAAAGAGUAAAGAGCAAGAAGAAGCUAAAGCAAGAAUGAUUCAACCAGGUCAAUCAGAACGAGAACUAAAUCCAUACUGGAAAAACGGAGGAACUGGUCUUCCACCACCGAAGUCAUUAAGUAGUCACAAAGGUUUCCUUAAACCUAAAGUAGAUGAUGACGAUGAUCAUCAUUAUAAAAUUCAUCAGCAUUCUAAUUAUUCAAAAACUUCUUAUGGUCGUCAAUCUUGGAAAAAACAUGAUCGCAGAGAUAAUAUAAAUAAUAGUAAAUAUACUACUUCAAAACGAGAUAAUGAAGAAAGAUAUAAAAGGCAUAGAGAAUUUGAUGAAAGAAAAGAUGAAAGAGAUAAACGACAUAAAGAUUAUGAUCAUGAAAGUAAAGGAGAAAGAGAUAAACGCUAUAGAGAACAUGAAGAUGAAAAAAAAAGUAUUAAAAAUAAAUAUUCUAGAGAACAAGACCAUAAAAGAGAUAGCAAAAGUAAACAUAACAAAGAUUCUGACAAUAAAGAAAAAUACACAUCUGAUGAUGAAAAAUAUGAAGAAAAAAAAUUGCCUAAAAAACAUUCAGAUCAUAAUGACAAAACUAAUGAACAAAAAGAAAGUGUAGAAAAUCCUUUAACAGAUUCUGAAUUAAAUGCACUUGCUGCUAAACAAAUAAAAGCAGAAAUAAUGGGAAAUAAGAAACUGGCUGAAGAACUUCAGAAAAAGUUGGAAUCAGCACGAGAAUAUGCUUCAAAACAAAACUUCACUACAAAUAAAACAAAACAAAAAGAAGAAUUUGUAUUACUUACUAGGACUUCAUCUAAAGGUUAUAGUUAUCCUGUUAAACAAGCAGAAGGUGAUAAAAAUGAUGGUAAAAGGAAAAAACGAGAGAAAGUAUUGACACAUGAAGAUGGUAAAAGAGUGAGAUACUUUGAUGAUGAUGAUAAAUAUUCAUUAAAGUCUAUGUUUGAAAAAGAAAUGACUUCUACAGCAGGAGAUAGUAAUAUGGAGUUUGUUAAUCUAUCGAGAAAGGUUAAUGCUAGAGAUGACGAAGAUGAUGUAUUUGUAGAUCGUGCAUCAGAAAAGCGAUCUGCCAAAGCAUCUGAAAGGGAAAUUAAAAGAGCUAUUGGUGAACAUAAACGUACAGAAAAAAUUUUAAAUUCAUGUCGUUACUGCUUUGAUAGUGAAGAAAUGUUAAAACAUUUAUUUAUCGCUAAAGGAGAAAAGUGUUAUCUGUGCUUGCCAAAUUAUAAAUCCUUAACAGAAGGACAUUGUUUAAUUGUACCAAUAUACCACUAUGCAUGUGCAACUGAUAUUGACGAAGACGUUUGGACUGAAAUGCAGGUAUUUCGAAAAGUAUUGACUUCCAUGUUUAAAGAUCAAGAUGAAGACGUAAUAUUUUUUGAAAGUGCAAUGCGACUAAACAAUAUGCCUCACAUGGUAUGGAACUGUGUACCUGUACCGAUUGAAAUCGGUGACACCGCUCCUAUAUAUUUUAAAAAGGCUAUCUUAGAAUGCGAGACGGAGUGGGCUAUUAAUCAAAAAGUCGUGGACUUAAGUAGUAAAGAUGUGCGUAGAGCUGUUCCUAAAAGUUUGCCCUAUUUCGCCGUUGAUUUUGGAAUGCAAGGUGGAUAUGCUCAUGUCAUUGAGGAUGAAAAAAUUUUCCCAAAUAACUUUGCUGAGGAAAUCAUAGGUGGAAUGAUGGAUUUAGAUCACAAUGCAUGGCGAAAGAGACAAAAAGAACCAAUUGAAGAGCAGUUGCAGAAAACUACCAAAUUUCUAGAAAUAUGGAAAGACUAUAAUUUUACCAAAACAUAAUGUUUGUAAUCAAUUCAUUAGAAUAGGCUGUAUAAUAUAGUCAUACAAAUGAAUAAAAAUAAUGUUUUUCUCAA